AUUCUAUCGAUUCCUAUGCGCCAAUUCACCUCCCUUCGAUUCUGUCUGCACUUCCAUGUGGGGAGAUCGGAUGUCUGGAAGUUUCCACCUGCGGGAUCCUGCCCGAGUGUGGAGGGGUUGUCAGUCAGCGAUGACCAAGGAAAACCCAGUUCCAGCAUGGGAUGAUUCCGCGAUUUGAUAAGCAUUGAAUAAGGUGGGGCCGGAGUGCAUAAUCCGUGGGAUCAGGGGGGGCAUUCCGGACAGGCACACAAUUCUCGGCUGGAAUUACGGCAGAAAACAACAGGAUGUGGUGGCGGUCGCCCGGUUGAUCGCCUAUAUAGUUGUGGAGGAGUCGUCGCUGCUCCCUCCAUUUUCCCCUCAACACAAUCAUUAAUCACUCACAGCGCUCUUGAUACCCUUCACUUUUUUUUUAAACCCGAUCAACCGCCACAAUGACCGCCGCUGAGUUCAAGAACCCCGCCACCACCGCCAUCCUGGAGGCGGCUAAGGCCCGCCGCUCCAUCUACACCCUCAAGGCCGAGAGCCCCAUCGCCGACGAGGCCAUCGAGCAGCUCGUCCAGCAGGCCGUCCUCCACACCCCCAGCUCCUUCAACACCCAGACCGGCCGCAUUGUGCUGCUGCUGAAGGAGGAGCACCAGAAGCUGUGGGACAUCGCCAUCAGCGCCCUCGAGGGGCUGGUCGCCGCCGGCCAGGUCCCCAAGGAGACCUUUGAGAACCAGACCAAGCCCAAGCUGAACGCCUUCCGCAACGGCUACGGCACUGUCCUCUUCUUCGUCGACUACGACUCCCUGGCCCCCAUCAAGGAGAAGUUCGCCAUCUACGCCGACAACUUCAACCCCUGGGCGCUCGAGUCCAACGCCAUGGCCCAGUACCUGAUCUGGACUGCCCUGGAAUCCGAGGGCUUCGGCGCCAACCUCCAGCACUACAGCCCCCUGAUUGACGAGCAGGUCGCCAAGCAGUGGAACCUCCCCGCCUCCUGGAAGCUCGAUGCCCAGCUGGUCUUCGGUACCCCGACCGCCCCGGCCGGCGAGAAGGCCUUCGCGCCGCUGGAGGACCGCUUCAAGGUCUUCGGCAAGUAAACGGGCCGCGCAGCAGCUUGGUGUGAUGGGCUAUUUGAGCGGGCAUUGCAUUUGGAUAGAGUUUGAUACCUAGAAUUGAUUGCAUUUUUUACUGGAAUUCAACGUGCAUGAGGUAUAUUGCUGGGAAAUGGGUGGAGAGAACAGGUGAUCACUAGGGAUGUAUGUUUGGGGCCAGCGGCGUGGUUUAGACCCACUACGCUCGCUGUAAGGCUGACUGGCCGUGAUUAGCUUUGGAGGGUCCCUAAUGGUUGUCAGCAUUUAGUUAUUCGUAUACCGGGUUAUACUCCUAGGGGACUAUAAUUCGCGGCGGAUUGCUUGCCUUACACUUCGACUCGGGGAUCGCUCAUGAGGCGAGCAUUGCAAGAUAGGGUGAUGGCUUAGCAUAGACUUCAAUCUGGG